AUGCAUCAUAAUGCUCCUUACGGCCUGGUUAUUGGCAGCACGCCUUUGCCUUCGAUGAGCAAGUUUUUUGACGCCUUCCUGAGAGUAAACAUUACGAACGCGGUGAAGCUUCUGCUUAGCCUUCACCAAUGGCAUGUGUGCUUCGAGGUCACCAUCAAGUCUAACUGCGAUUUCAGCUCUGUCAGCACAGAGGUCGUUGUAGAUUCGCUAUCGUUGAACAGCGCCAGCUUCCGAACACCGUUACUGGUAUGCUAUGCCCAAUCGUUGGAGCGAUACGCCGACCAUCACAAUGAAUAUAGGCGACGGCGAGAUCUUCAUGUUAACGAAAAAGAAAUGUUUGAGUACGAUCGUUCAGGUAUUGGUACCUGUCGGUUGUACGAAUGGUACGUUGACCUGAAUGAUAUUGUGCCUUUAGAGAUUAUUCAGCCUCGUGGCUUUUAUGCCAAUUAUUGCGCUGGCUUCAAACGAAUGGGAGUCAAGGUUCUAGGAAGGCGAAUUUCUGCACAAGGGCUAUUGAAGGCGUUGUGCAUCCAUCUUCAGAUCAUGUUCCAGUUCGUGCAUUUUCUAGACGUUUUGCUGCGCAAAUUGACCAGUUGCGUCGUUUCAGGUCUUAAAUAUUGA